CGCGUGGGAUCUUCUUACUCGUGUUCACGUUCGGUGUCAACGGUCAGUGCACCCCUGGACACCUACCCCCACCAUGUCUUCCCGGCGCGCCGCAGCACAGCGCGCCCAGGUCAACAUCGCCGCUCAGGCGGACUCAGACUCGGACACCGAAGAGGAUGAGCUCCCGCGGAAGCCCCCACCGAAGAGCCAGACGAAGGGGAAGGGACACGCACGCCGCAAGUCCCUCGCAGAUGUGAGCGCGAGCAGCUCUUCUCUCGUCGCGUCGCGCCCCGCUCUACCUCCCAAGUCUGCCUCCGCACGCCGUCCAGCACGCGCGCCAAGAUCAGGCGCGAAGCGUGGGCGGUCCCCCGACGCGUCCUCCCUCACGGACGUAGGUUCAGACGCGGACAUGACCUCUCUCUCGUCCUCCCCGCACUCGACCUUCACGCCUGGGAAGAUGAUGCGCUCGAAAGCUCCUUGGAGUCUCGACGCGAUCAGGCAAGAUGCAUGGGUCCUCAUCGACAUGGACGGCCACCCAGUCGAUGGGGAGCCGCUCACCCACGACCGCAGUAUCUGGUGGCCUGCCAAGAUCGUCUACCGCGCCCCUCUCACGGCCCACCUUUACGGUGAUCACCACCGCGAACACCAAAUCACGAUCCGCUCCCCCUCCCCCGAAAACAUCAUGUCCUUCCUCAGCGACCUCCAGACCAUCCCCUUCACGGGCUUCCCCUGGAUUAUCAGCUCUGCACCAGCCCUCCCCAUCUCACCGCGCAAGCGGCGUAAAACGAACCUCAAUCACGAUGACGUACAGAAUGCAUGGUACGACGCCGCUGCCACCGCCCUCAAGCACUACCUCGAGAACGAGUGUGACGGCUUCCCCCCGCCGUCUCUCGUGUCGCACGAGCUCUACCAGCGCUCGAUACACAUCGGCAGCAUCUCCGAGGACGAGCUAGACGCUCCGGGCCCGUCGCAGCUGAAGCCAAAGGAGACUACUGAGAAUUACGAGUACCGACUCGGUAACGAGCCUAUCCUGGCGCAGGACAAGGGAUACUUCUGGCCGGCAAGAGUGCUCGAUAUGUUUAUGCCUGAAGGCAAUCAACGAGCUGUCCGGUUCCGCAUCGAGUUCUGCGACCGGUCACAGCGGACGGUGACGAAGAAGCAGUUCUAUGACCAGACGGAUCCCGAAUUUCUCACUUGCAAGAUGGGGGAUAUUGACAGCGGUCAGGAGGAGCCCGACGACGAGACAUUACGCACGUCAGCUCUCGACGCGGAGCGGUCAGGUAGUCCCGAGCCGCAGGACCCUCCACCAGCCGCCAACGAUUUCUGCGACCUCGAUCUGCGUGAACAAUGGGUGUACGCCAAGCCCGUCUUGCAGGCUAUCCUUCGAGACGAGUACGCGCCCGCCAAAGAGCAAAAUUUCACCUUCUUUGCUUCCGACACUGGCAGGAAGAAGCUUACGGAGAAGGCGAGCGCGCGCGGCACGUUGACACCGAAGGAGAUUGUCCGCUUACGCGACUACAUACUGGAGUGGUGCCUCCGGGACGCGAAGCACGCGACGCGGAUAGAGGACGAGGCGAUUGACGCUGCUUUGGAAGAGGUUGCGAAGGCGGAAGUACAGUCUGAAGCUGGACCACCGCCACCGUCGCAGCUCGAGGAGGACGCCGUUUCGAGGCCUUCCUCAACGCAGCCGCCACCUUCUUCUACGGCACCCAGCGACCCCGGAGACGACACGAGACCCGCAAGCGCCUUGUCCAAUGCAGAUACGGAAAUGGAUUCCUCAGAACGACAUACCCGACCACCGCCUCAGCGAGGUUCAGAGGCAUACGAGCUGCUCUCGCCGCUGGAAAAGCUCGAGUACUGCAUGAACAUCCUCCUACCCGCCGCCGUACAACAACUCCUCAUCUGGCGCUCCGGCGACCGCCGCUCAACCGCGCUCCUCUCACCCGAAGAGGAAGCUCGCCUCUACAAGCUCGGCGUCGAGAAGAGUAAAGAGCAGGACUGGGUCGUCUCCAUCCUCGAGUUUAGGAAGUUUGCUAGCAGGGUGCAAGCGACCCCGAAGGGGAAGGCAGCGGCACCAAAACGGAGGCAAUCUAUCGCGGAGGAGCCGUUGUUUUCCGCGUCGGGGAGGCCGAAGAGGCAGGUUACGAAGGGGCAGUCGUUCCGGUUGUGAGAGGGGGAGGUUAGGAAGAGUGGUGCAUAUAGGCUUGUCACAUAUCAUCUGUAUACUUGCAAUGUUCAUGGAAAAAGUAACGCAUUUGUACGGAG